UAACAUUCCUGUUAACAUUUCCUUUGUCUAAUUUGAUACAAUGAAGGCUUAGGGAACCACCCCCCACCGCCCUUUCUCUCUUUCCCUCCCUUUUGUAGUCACUGCAGAUCCAGGGCUCUUGGACUUCUCAGUGUCUGACUUUUAGAGAAAACAGAGCCGUGUCAUACAGACAGAAUCAUAGUUGCAGACUUGCACCCAAAACCAUUUUGUCCUGCUGAUUUCUUGUGGAAAAUUUUCCAUUUGUCUGGAUCCCAACUCUGGCUUAGCACCCGUCUGACCCCGUUGGAUUUAACUUUGUUGCUGUAUUACAGAGUUAAAAGGGCAAACUUUAUCACAAGGAAUUGUUUUUCACUCAGAAGGUUUUCAUUACAGUUUAUUUUUGAUUUGGAAGACUAUUUUAGGAGGACUUUGGCUGCAGGUCAGUGUAUUGUGCUCUAAUAACAAGAUGGGGAUUGUAUUUUGGAUGUUUUCUCUUCUGGCUCUUCCAGUACUUCAGUCUGCCAAGAUCCUGACUGUCUGUCUAAUUGGAGGAAGCCACUACUUGUUAUUAGAUGAAAUUUCUCAUAACUUACACCAGCGUGGCCAUGAGGUUCGCAUGCUCUUGCAACUGGGCAACCCUGUUAUUACAGGGUUUUCCUAUGCAGGCCGUGCAGACAGUUACCAGAUGAGCACCUGGUUCUUAGGCGAGAAAUACAUCAAAGAUUAUAACGGCUGGUUUCUAGAGCAACAGACGCAGUUUUUACUGGGAAGAGAUAACUUGACUAACUUUCUAAACUUCAUGGGGCACAUUUCCUAUCAGUGUGACAAGCUGUUAGGGGACAAAGAGAUGAUAACUUUCCUCCAGACGGAACGCUACGACAUCACCAUCCUUGAUGCUUUUAAUCCCUGUUCCUUCAUUCUGGCACACAAACUUGGUGUCCACUAUAUAGCUUUCUAUCCUGGCACUCUGAAUGGUCCUCUGUCCAUCGCGCUCCCCAGCCCGGUCUCCUACAUCCCAGUCUUCAGCUCCCAGCUAUCCGACCACAUGAACAUCUGGGGUCGUGCAAAGAACCUCUUUUAUUCUUUCCUGGCACCUGUAGGGCAGGAACUUGUAUGGUCGACAUUUAGGGAUGUAGCUGAGCGCCAUCUCGAGUCCGGCUCACCCCCUGGUGGUCUGGAGGAGUUACAUCAAGGAGCUGAACUCUGGGCCUUCAACACUGACUUUUCACUGGAGUUCCCGCAGCCCCUUAUGCCUUACACCGUGCUGGUGGGAGGUCUGCUGAAUAAACCUGCGAAGCCUCCGGAACAGGAUCUUGAGCUGUGGAUCUCAGAUCUCGGAGAGGUAGGUUUCAUUGUUGUGACUCUGGGAUCAAUGGUCUCUUCGAUCUCUGUGGAACCUCUGCUUGUGGAGCUUGUGGCUGGCUUCUCCAGGAUCCCUCAGGGGGUGCUCUGGAGGUAUGACUCCCAGCGAUGGCCAUCUCACCUGGACAGACCUCACAAUCUCAGACUAGUGGAUUGGCUGCCCCUUAAUGACUUACUGGGUCACAAAAAAGCCUGUCUCUUUAUCACCCAUGGUGGACAAAACAGCCUGCUGCAGGCAGUGUACCACGCUGUUCCUGUGCUGGGAAUCCCUCUGUUUGGAGACCAGUUUGAUAAUAUGGUGAGGGCUGAAACGAAGGGACUUGGCCUCACCAUCAACCCCACACACAUCACCAGGGAAGUGCUCAGCUCCACUAUUCAAACACUCAUACAGGACAUCAGGUUCAAGUCUACAGCUUUGUCCCUUAGCAGGAUCCACAAAUCUCAUCCUGUCCCUCCAGCCCUUCGACUCAUCCAGUGGGUGGAGCACAUCCUGCACAGUGGAGGUGGAACUCAUUUAAGGCCAGCUUCACUGGCGCAUCCAUGGUACCAGAGAUACCUAUUGGACCUGGUGCUUCUUCUCUCCCUGGUGCUUCUUGGACCUGUAGUUCUCUCCUGGACUUUUUGUAGGAGCAGGAAUAGCAGGGAUAAACACAAAAAAAUACAUUAGCGACACCUCAGAGACAAGUCAGAUUUAUACCUUAGUUCUGUGUUACUGUUUUAUCUCUGACUUAUUAUGUACUGAACCAAUAUGAGAACUUGCUAACUUGAAUUCCCUCUACCCUAAAAUACUGCAGCUGUUCAAUAAAAAAAACAUGCUUGUUAUAA